AUGCCAGAUUCGUCGGUAGGGCAGGUCAUUUCGUGGUACAUUUGCACCAUUAUACCAUGCUUCUUCUUGUUCCUGCGUUUGUUCAGUCGAUGGCAACGAUUUGGCCGACUUGCCCUUGAUGAUUACUUUCUCAUCCUUGCGGCAUGCUGCCUCAUUGGUGAUUUGGCCAUCCAACAGCAUAUGUGGAAUCUUGGAUUGGGCAACAUUGGCGGAGCGACUCAGCAAGAAUUUAUCGGCAUCAUGAAAAUGAUUGUCCCUGGUUCAGUCCUCUACGUCUCCUCUCUCUGGAGCAUCAAAUUCGCCCUCGUGCUGUUCUACAAGAAGCUUGCCGCUCCCGGAUCGAAGAUGCAAGUCGCUUACAACCUCGCCUUGGCUGGCCUGGCUGUCACCUACACGACAAUCUUCUUCGAUAUCCUGUUCCAAUGUUACCCUUACGACAAGCGGUGGUCCAAGGACCCAAGCUACCAAUGUAGCCCCAAGGCUUCGAGAAUCAACUACUGGAUCACGAUCUUGUUCAACAUCUUCUCCGAUUUCAUCAUCAUCUGUCUGCCGAUCACUAUGGUCAUGAAGCUCCAGAUGAAGCUCAAGCAGCGUCUCGCCGUGGCAUUCAUCUUUGCUCUCGGCGGCUUUGUCCUGAUUGCCAGCAUUGUCCGAGCCGUCUACUCGUGGCAGAACGAAACAAUGCUCACUUGCACCGUAUCCAUGGUAGAAAACGGCGUUGCCAUCAUCGGUGCCUGUCUGCCCGCUCUCCGCGCCAUCUUCCUAGGUCAACCCUCAACAAACGGCAACAGCAGUUACGCAAAGCACUAUGAACUCUCCUCGAACCAGCGCAGGAAUCCUGCAGCUCGCAACACCACAAACUUCACAACCUCAACCACUAGAGGAGGCAGAAGUCACUCGGUAGACUCAGACGAAGAACUUGUCAGGAACAUGCAAGCGCAUGGUCAAGCACAACCUUAUGUCUCUGCACAAUCGAGUUUGUCUGAUGACAGAGAUGACAAGGCAGGCGGCAUCAUGGUCGCUACAACAGUCGAUGUUGACCACAAGGACCAGGAGAGCGUAGUGUCGAUGCAGGCUGCUCAUUUCGGGGCUCACAGGGUCUGA